CUCACCACCAUGUUUCGCUCAAGCCCCAAAGCUGCUGCAUCCAAACCUCUCCCUCCUUGGCUUUCAAACAAGUCCAAUCGGAAGACAGCUAAUCGCGCCUUGCAACAACGCGAAGCUACUCGAUCUUACGUCCGAAUAUUGUAUCUCGGACGACUAGAACGACCAACAGAAGUUCCCCACGAAGUCUACACACAUUACUCGACAAGCACCAGCUGCUCUCCGACCAACAAUGCGAAGAACCGCUACGCUGAUAUCACGGUGUACGAUAGAACACGCGUAGUUGUCUCUGGAGAGCGUUAUCUAAAUGCGGACUGGUGUUUGGAGCGGUAUGGGCACAAAUACUGGAUCGCAGCUCAAGCAACCAUUCCGACGACCUCCCAUGCUUUUCUCAGUCUUCUGUUGCAGCCCAUUCCUACUCCCUCUUUCACAUCAUCUUCGCGUGUCCGAACUGUAGUCCAACUCACCCAACUGGUCGAAAGUGGCCGUCGGAAGGCAGAUGCUUAUUUCCCUUCUGAAAUUGGUCAAACGAUGGUCCAUGCGCCCGAGCGCAGUCACCCUGGGCCUGCCAUCGUGGCCACUCUCUUAGAAUCCACUCAAAUUCCCGAUGCUCGUUGCAUCAAGUCCACAGUCUCCAUAUCAUUGAAAGACAAGCCAGAGUCGGCUGUUACUUUCCAACAUCUAUUCUUCACUGCCUGGCCGGAUCAUGGUGUACCAGAGCAUGAGGAGCAACAAGCACUGAUGAAUUUCGUCAAGCUUGUCGACAAAACUAACAGAGACGAGUCUGAUGACCCAGACCCUCCCAUUGUUGUUGGCUGCAGUGCAGGGGUUGGUCGCACUGGCACUUUCAUCGCGAUAUCAUCCCUUCUCAGAGCGCAUGGCUUAUUACCCGCCGCGUCCUUUCCCUCCAUUCCUUCUCUUUCUUCCCCUCUUGGGCCAUUUCCUAAUGAGGAGGAUCAGGUUGCUCAGGAAGUUGAUUGGUUGAGGGAGCAGCGUCCAGGCAUGGUCCAGCAACAGUCCCAGUUGGACCUGAUUUAUUCAUUACUCGAGUCGGCCUUGUGA